GAAAUUCCCAAUUUGAAAUCCGGCGAUCCCCCAUUCCCCACACCCGCCGCCGCUCGCCGCCUCUGCUGAUCGUAAUCUGUAACCCUUCGCAGCUUCUCUCAGCUCCAGAUUUCAGGAAAGGAUUUUGAACUGUGCAAGAAUGGGAUUGUGGUCACUUCUAGAAGGCUUUCUUCUUCUUGCAAAUGCUCUGGCCAUACUAAAUGAAGAUCGUUUCCUUGCCCCUAGGGGAUGGAGCUUCCAGGAGUAUUAUGAAAUUAAGAGAAACUCAUUCAAGGGGCAAAUACUUGGUCUUAUUUACGCAACUCAGUACUUACGAGUGCCUCUUAUACUUUUCAAUUUGCUCUGCAUUAUUGUGAAAAUGGUGUCAGGGUGA